AUGAACUACAUCUACUCCACAGUCAACACCCUACGGGAUCGUUAUACUCCCGUCUCUCACAAGUCAACCUUCCGCCAGACCGGCCAAAUCACCCCAGAAGAGUUCCUCGCUGCGGGCGACUACCUCGUGUAUAAGUUCCCGACCUGGUCUUGGGGUGAUGCCGACUCUCCCGAGCAGCGAGUAAGCCAUCUACCUCCAGGAAAGCAGUUCCUCGUCACACGCAACGUUCCUUGUCAUCGACGCCUAAACGAUGACUUUGCUGGCGACGCAGGCCAUGAGGAAGCUCUCGUCAACGAUGGCGAAGACUUCAAGGGAGCUACUGGCGACGAUGAGGAUGGUUGGUUGAGGACCGGUGGUCUGGCUAGUUCCCAGCCGUUGAAGGUCAAGGAGGUGAGGACGGUGGAUGACUCCGGAAAUGUCGGUGAUCGAGAGGUUGUCGAGGAUGAUGACGAAAUCCCUGACAUGGAGGAUGAAGACGACGAUGAGGCUAUCAUUCGCGACUCUGGCGCUGAUUCCAAGAACAGCGCUCACCGUACAUACACUCUUUACAUCAUGUACUCCCCCUACUACCGAACACCCCGUCUGUAUCUCUCAGGCUAUCUUGCCAGCGGUCAGCCACUGCCCCCUAACGACAUGACAGAGGACAUCGUAGGCGACUACAAAGACAAGACAGUGACGCUUGAGGACUUCCCCUUCUUCGCCAACAACAUCAAGAUGGCCUCUGUGCAUCCUUGCAAGCACGCCUCAGUCAUGAAGACUCUACUCGACCGUGCCGAUGCAGCUCUUCGUCUGCGUCGCGAGAAGCUCCGUGCUGGCAACAGCCAGACACCGUCUGGAAUGGAAGGCCUGGUAGACGAAAUUGGGAAGUUGGAUGUCAAGGGCGCUCAAGAGGCAGCGGACAAGGAUGAGUGGGAGGAGGUCCAGGAGACCGAGAUCGAUGAUCAAGAGGUUGCUAUCCGAGUGGAUCAGUACCUAGUUUUUAUGGCCAGUGUGACACCUGGUAUCGAGCACGAUUUCACCAUGGGUGUCUAA